AUGCAAAAUCAAAAGCUACCUUGUGUUUUGAUAAAUAGUUUUGAAGAACCAUAUUGUGUGAAUGAAGAUCAUGUAGCAGAUCUCAAGAAACGAUUGAAUUUUGUCACCAUGCAAGAAUUUCUUGAAAACAAAACACAUUUCGGUCCAAAGAUACAAGCUAUAUACAUAUGGGGAGGGAAACCAGUUAUUGAUAAGGAGCUACUGCAGAGCCUACCUACCUUGAAGAUUAUUGUAAACUCAGGAGCAGGCCUGGAUCAUCUGGACCUGAACUUGAUUGCCAGCUUUGGUGUGAAACUGGCCAACACUCCACAUGCUGUUACUAACAGCACUGCAGAUAUGGGAAUGGCCUUACUUUUGGCAUCAGCCCGGAGAAUAUUAGAAGGGAAUGAGGUAGCAACUUCACCAGACACUAAAUCCUUUUCUAUUAAUUGGAUGGGUCAAGAAGUGACUGGCUCUACUCUGGGAAUCAUAGGUAUGGGCAAAAUUGGCUAUAAAAUUGCUCAGCGAGCCAAAGCAUUUGAAAUGAAGAUUCUGUAUCACAAUAGGAACCGCAGGAAGGUGGAAGAAGAACAGGCAGUUGGGGCCUAUUACUGUGCAAAACUGGAUGAGCUGCUACAACAGUCAGAUUUUGUGUUGCUGAUAACCCCUUUAACACCUCAGACUUAUAAGAUGAUUGGAAAGAGGGAACUAGGACUAAUGAAACCCACUGCUACUCUUAUAAACAUUGGCAGAGGUCAGUUGGUUGAUCAAGAUGCCCUAGUUGAAGCUCUUCAAACUGGGAUUAUUAAAGCUGCAGGACUGGAUGUGACUUACCCUGAACCCCUGCCAAGAUCUCAUCCUUUAUUAAAGUUAAGGAAUGUUACUUUGACACCUCAUAUGGGAUGUGGAACUCGUCAAUGUCUACUCCUCAUGAAGGAAACUAUGGUUGAAAGCCUUCUGGCUGCUCUCAGUGGCCUUCCUAUUCCUAAUGAAGUACAUCUUAAAUGAUUUUUUUGGGUGGAAAGAUCAUAAUGAUGAAAACUUGGCAGACUAAAUGGCAAAGGAUUACUUUUACUUUAUAUACUUUAUAUAUGUUAGUCAUAUAGUCAUCAAUCAGGAAAUUGGGAUCUCAGUUAUUUUCAGGAUGAUACAGUAGCUGAUUAGGAGGGGAAGAAAUCCCAGAAAAUGAAACUGGGUGAAUUCCUCCACCUCUUUUCCCAGUAAUAAUCUUAUGUAUUGAGUAUUCACCCGUAUCCAAAAGAAUACAUAGGAACUAAAAUCAUUGGUUAGACUCUACAAAAUCUCCUUAUUAACCAACCUUGAAUAAAUCUGGGAACAUUACACUUUAAGACUCUAGACCCCUUCAACUAAUUACUGAACAAAAAGAUACCAAUGCUUUGAUCUGGAAAUAGAGGUAGCAAACAAUGCCUUCCUUUUCAUCAAUUACCAUUAAAAAGAAAGAAUUUCUCAUACCCAUCAGGGAUAAGACUUUCCUAUACAAAAAAAGAAAACUGAGAAUCCAUCUUUGGAGCUGCUGCUCUACCACUUCAAUUCCAGACUUGAGUUUGAAAUAAUAUAACAUGCCACACUUAUCUUUUAGUCCUCCUGCAUCCUCGAUUGGUUAUAUAUGGUAUCCUUUAAUCAUUUUUGGAAAUAUAAGCAAAAGUAUUUAUUAAAGUAAUAUCAAUGAGGAAAGAUGCAAUAGAGUAUUCCCCCUUUACUCUUCCAUAAAUUUACACACACUAAAAGUGGGGGAAAAUGUAGAUUAUAGGAGAGGCACAUUCCUGGGGAACAUCUGGUCAGAACAACAGUAUGGUCCUUAUUAGGUUUUGUUCCUCUAGAUAUAGCCAGACUUUGCCUCCUUGGACUUGUGAUUGUGGAGCUUUUGUUUGCUUUCAGAUCACUUAAGUUGUUGGCUAUGAUGCUAUUUCUUCUUUUAAAAGAAUAGUUUCUGUAUAAAGGUAUGAAAUUGUCCCUUUUCCUUGACUCAGCGACUAGGUCUAUACUCCAGACAAAUAAAAGAAAAAGGAAAAGACACAGAUCCGUAAAAUGUUUAUAGUAACUCUUUUUGUGGAGGCAAAGAAUUGAAAACUCGGGAUGCCCACCAUUUGAGAAAUAGUUGAAUAAAGUUACAUGAGUGUGAUAGAAUAUUAAAUGUGCUGUAAGAAAUGAUGAAGAGGAUCAACUCAGUGAUUUGUGAGUUUUUAAGUUAUUAUUUUGAAGUUCUUUCAAAACUAGUACCAGGAUUUAUAUUACUUUCAUUAAUUCUAUUAAUUUUUUCAUUAGUUUGUUUAGACCAUUUGGAUUGUAGUUACCAUAGUUUCAGGUACUGUCUUCUUAUCUUUAUUUUAGAAUCAUAGAAUCUGGUUUCUAACUCUUAUGAAAACAGAAUGACUAAACACACUUCCAAAGGAAUUAUAAUGAAACAUGCUUUUCACCUCCAUAUAGAGUACUGAUGAUCUCAGAUCACAAAUUGAA